AUGGCGGGCACAUCGCCGGAGCUGCCUCAGGACAUCCUCAUGGUUAUCUUCGCCACCCUUGAGAUCCCUGACCUCGUACGUGCCGGCUCUGUCUGCUCCUCCUGGCACUCGGCAUAUAGGAGGCUGCGCAAGCACUACAAGCGCGCGCAGACGCCAUGCCUCAUCUACACUUCCAAAUCAGCUGGUGAGAACGUUGCUUGCCUCUACAGCCUCGCGGAGAACCGGGUCUACAAGUUGACUCUUCCAGAGCCACCUAUCAGCACUAGGUAUUUGAUUGGGUCCUCGCUAGGUCUGCUGGUUACAGUUGACAACAGGUCCGAGAUGCAUCUUGUUAAUCCCAUCACUGGUGAACAGAUUGAUCUCCCCUCGGUGAGCACCAUCGAGCAGGUUAAGCCCAUCUAUGAUUAUUCUGGUGCUCUUCACAAGUAUGAAUACACAUGCCGCACCGCAAAAAUGGUUUACGGCCGACCAUCGGUGUUUGCUCUUGCGGAGCUGAGGAACAACCUUCACCAUAAAGCUUUUGUGUUUCCUGAUACAUGCAAUAGAUUCCUGCUGGUGUUCAUCCACAAUCCGUUAUGUCAGCUCUCAUUUGCAAGGACAGGGGAUGAUAGUUGGACAUGGCUGCCACCAUACAUGCACUAUCAUGAUUGCAUUUACAAGGAUGGCCUGCUGUGCGCAGCGACUAGAUUGGGAGAAAUUCAUGGUUUCAAUCUUAGUAGCACUGUGGUCACGAUGAAGAUGAUUAUGGGGGGGCCCCAGCCUGACAGGGGUCCGAGUGUGUACAUCGCACAAUCUCCAUCGGGCUAUCUCCUUCAAGUGUGGCGAUCAUAUGAGCACUAUAUUUUAGAACCUAAGCCCGGGGAAACUGUGUCCUGGAACACCGGACAACUUGAGAUAUUUGAAGUUUAUGGUGAAGGAAACAAAAUGAAGGAAAUCAGUUGCUUGCGGGACCAUGUGUUGUUUCUUGGGCAUAAUCAGACACUUUGUCUUACCGCCGAAGAAUAUCCGGCUCUCAAGGGAAAUCAUGCUUACUUUACUGAUGAUAGUGUGUUAUGGACAAGGGGAUUCAAGAGUAAGCGCCGUGAUAUGGGGAUUCUGAACUUGGGUAACAACACAAGGGAGAAAAUUGUGUCUCCUCAGCUUUGGUCGAAGUGUCCAGCUCCCGUGUGGAUUACACCCAAUUUUACAAAGAUGAACUUGGCUUUCACUAAAUAG